AUGAACAUCAACAACAAUAUUUUUCAAGCCUCAUCAAAUCAUCUGAAAGAAAUCGAACCUGAAACAAUAAGUUUUGAGUCUGUUAGUAGUUUCAUCAAAAGCAAAUUGCUUGAAUGUCGAUCUAAUGAAAUCAGUUUGUUGUUCAGGAUUUUAAAGCAGAGGAAAAGUUCUCAAAUGUUGCAACAUAUGGUGAUGCGUUGGCUGACGCUCACGGCUGUUCCGCAGCAAAAACCAAUAUUUCAAGAACACACAUACGAAGUCAAUGAGAAAGAGUUUCGCGAUGUUGAAAACAGACUAAAAUUCCUCCGCAAUGUGGCUUGUAUGAUGUCUAAAAAUAAAACAGUCGAGCAAAUCGCAAAAUGUAAUGAAAGAGCAACAGAAGAAGAGGAAUUGAUGGAAGAAGAAAGAAAAAAAAAGAAACUUUUAAUGAAUAAAUGUUGA